AUGAUCUCCGACGGGCCCAUGGAGUCCUCCCCGUUGCUGCGCGACAUUGACCCCGAAGCAGCAGACUGUUCCAAAAAGACAGGAUGGCGACAAGAAUUGGCCAUUAUAUCGCGAUAUUCAGCCCCGCUCAUGGUAGCACUGGUGCUUCAACAUGCAUUGACCGGUUCUAGCAUUUUCAUGGUGGGCCAUCUCGGGAAACGAGAAAUCGGGGCCGGGCUGGCCACCUGCUUGGAUACUCUAUGCCCUCAGGCAUAUGGAUCGGGGAAGCUGCCUUUGGUUGGGCUGCAUGUGCAGCGACUGACGCUGUUCAUGCUCCUCCUCACGAUCCCAAUUGGAGUGUUAUGGUACCAUGCGGAUCGGAUUUUUCUGCUCAUUCUACCAGCUGAAUCACACGAGACUGCCUUGCUGGCUGGAUUGUAUCUGAAAAUUGCCAUAGCGGGAGCCCCCGGUUACGCUUGCUUUGAAUCUGGAAAGCGGUUCUUCCAGGCACAGGGAUUGUUCAGUGCUAGUUUGAUCGUUCUGAUUAUAUGCUCUACAUUGAAUAUUUUCAUGGGCUGGUUAUUCGUCUGGAAACUGCAAUGGGGCUUCAUUGGCGCACCCAUUGCCGUCGCAAUUGCAAACAGUCUUCUACCAGUAUUGCUAGCUCUCUAUGUUAUCUUCAUCAAGGGCUCUGAAUGCUGGCACCCCAUUUCUGCCGAGAUGUGGCGCGACUGGGGUCCGAUGUUGCGACUUGCCAUCCCAAGUUGCUUAAUGAUUGAAGCUGAAGUCCUCGCAUGGGAAAUCAUGACAAUUAUUUCUUCGCGUCUAGGUGCAACCGAACUCGCCGCCCAAGCUGCCAUGUCAACACUUGCAGACUUCGCAUUCCAGAUCUCAUUUUCCAUCGCCGUCGCCGGUGGCACACACAUUGCCUAUCUGCUAGGAGCAGGCGCCCUCAGACGCGCGGCAACAGCAGCCAACGUGAUGCUCUUUGCUGCGCUCGGUGCUGGUUUGACAAAUAUGCUUGUCAUCUUUGCGCUCCGGGGUGUGAUCCCGGGUCUAUUUAGCGAUAUCCAUGAAGUCUGGCAUUUGAUCUUCUUUCUGCUUCCACUGGGAGCUGUUGUUCAGAUAUCCGACGCCCUGGCUACUUCACUCAAUAGCUUGCUGCGGGCUGUGGGUAGACCGGAAGUGGGUGGCUAUGUUCAGCUUUCGAUCUAUUACCUUGUGGGAUUGCCUUUGGGCAUUGCGCUCGCAUUUGCCUUGGAUUGGAGCAUUUUCGGACUGUGGUGUGGGAUUCUUACUGGGCAAGCGAUUAUUGUGGCGAUCGAGGGCCUUUAUUUCUGGAAAAUGGUGGACUGGGCGAAGGCAUCCCGAGAGGCUAUGGAACGGAUGUGA